UCUGGACAUCUGGGCCUGCAGGGCAAGGUGCUGCCGCUGUCGCCGUGCUCGGCGCUGGCUGCGAGCCGGAGAAAGCCCGUUGAUCCUGCCCCGUCGGGAUGUUUGUGCCCUGCAGGGCCUCGCCCCCUGCAGCCCGAACUCGCGGGGUGGGCGGGGGUGUUCCUCGCCCCGCGGGGCCGUCCCGGCUCUGUGCGCGCAGCCCAGGGCCAGGCCGGGGCUCCCGGGGCUCCCGGGGCGGGGCGGCCCCUCCCCGCGCGGGCGGAGCCAGGCGGCCGGGCCCUGCCGGCAGAGGCGGCGGCGGGCCGCGGGCGAGGGAUGAGCCGGGCCGCUCUCCGCGCCCACACUCGCUCCGGCCGGCGGGGCGGCGCGGCCGCGGCCAUGAGGGUGAAGAAGGGCGGCGGGGCGGCGGCCGCGGGCCCCGAGGACGAGCUGCUGCGGAAGCCGCUCAUCGGCCCCGAGGACGUGCUGGGGCUGCAGAAAGUCACGGGCGAUUAUUUGUGCACUCCUGAGGAAAAUGUGUACAAGAUAGAUUUCACCAGGUUUAAAAUCCGAGACAUGGAGUCUGGCACGGUACUGUUUGAAAUCACCAAACCACCUGCCUCAGAACGUGAACAUGGUGAUAAAAAGGAUGUUGACCCUAAUGCCGGACGGUUUGUUCGCUAUCAGUUCACUCCAGCUUUCCUUAGACUUCGGCAGGUUGGAGCCACGGUAGAGUUCACAGUAGGGGACAAGCCUAUUAAUAACUUCCGCAUGAUUGAGAGGCACUACUUCCGGGAUCAGCUGCUCAAGAGCUUUGAUUUUGAAUUUGGGUUCUGCAUCCCCAGCAGUAAAAACACUUGUGAACACAUCUAUGAAUUCCCACAGCUCUCGGAGGAUCUCAUUCGAGAGAUGAUCCUUCACCCCUAUGAGACACAGUCGGACAGUUUCUACUUUGUAGACAACAAGCUGGUGAUGCACAACAAGGCAGAUUAUUCGUACAGUGGAGGACCAUGAGUACUGAGUGGACAGCAGAGCCGUGCUGGCCUUUCCUUUCCUGUAGAAAUUGUCAGGGAUUCUACCACCUUCCUGCAGUUGACUUCCAGGGUCAGCUGAGCACAGGUCCAUGAACCAAGGACUCUUUGCUUGUAGGAGUUUCAUGACUAAACUUGAAGUCUUUCAUCUUCCCUGAGCUUUGAAGCAGAACCCAGUCCUUCAAGAACUCUAAACACAGUUCCACUCCAAUGAGUGAUCUUUGGUCACCAGAGUCUGAGGCUCUUUAAAUAGCUCUGUGUAAAAAUGUCCUGAUAUAUCAUCCAGUUAGUAUAAAUCCAGGAAUUCUGGGCCCAAAUUCUCCAGAUCCAUGUUUUCAUUAUUAAGCCUCUCUUUGUACAAUUACUCUCUCUUAGAAUGUGGGGUGGAAGAGCCUGUGAACAAGCAGAAGUCUAAUGCAAAUACAGAGAUGCAUAUCUUUAUCUGAUUCUGUUUAUGAAUGCUUCAAAGGGCACAGUUUUAAUCCUAACUUCAUUUGUACAUCCACAUAAAAAUGUCUUGUCUUUAAUCCUGAGAAACAAAAUGUAAGUGUGAUUUUAGAGAGAGAGCACCUCUCUAAAUCUAUAACUCAGCACAUGUUUUACCUCCACAUAACAUUUCCUGUAAGGUAUCCUGGAAACAAUGAAACUCACCCUGAAGGACAGUAAUUCAAUGACAGGUCUGUCUUAAACUGCCCUUUUUUUCUGCCUCUGUUAGAAACCUAUUAUUGAGGGUCUGCAAGUCCGCACAAGCGUUGUCCUCUUUCAUUUCAGCUUCUGUGUUCUUUGUUGAAUCUUUCAGUCAAGAAAGUAGAUAUGUUUUUAGUUUAGCUUGGCAUUAUCAGGCAGUUAAUUUUCAGCCUGUACCUGGUGUAAGCUUUUCUUCCCUGAAUCAGAUUUCUUCUUUAGCUACCUUUAGAGACAAGAUGCUUCAGUAGGGUUGUCAGAGGAAAGUAGUUCUGUUUCUCGAAGGUGAUUCAAGCGAAUGGACUUUCUGGUUUUUCUUUUUAUGUCUGAAUUUGAAGCAUUUUAUGGUCAAGUGUGUUUGGUUUUUGUCCAAAAUUUUUUGGGCCAGUUAUUAAUGUCUCAGAGAGCGUAAAUUUGACACUGUGCAUCUACGGUCAGUGUACAACAUAGGUUAGCCAAAAUGAUUGCGCCCCUUCCAGUCCCGCGUAAGGCGUUUAAGAACGGUUUUGCCCAAGUUUCUCAUAGUAUGCUGCUCUUUGGAGCAGGGAAGUGGAGGGGAGAGGCAAAAGCAAGCUAAUGAAUCAGAGAGAAUCUGCUCUACUGUACAUUAGAAUAGAUAAAAAUCAAUUAAAAGGUCCAAAAUGAACAGAAGCAAGGAUGAAAGCUUUCUUCCUUUUGUUUGCAGGCGACUUAUGGUCAUGAAACCCUCACUCAAAAAAUUUGGUUCACUGGUAUCAGAAGAAUUAAGCUUUGCAGUUUAUAGCUAUUUCUAUGAAUACAUUGUCUCUUUAUGUCUAAUUCUGUGAGUUAAGUGGAACAUUAUACAUUAGCCUCAGACAGAUCCGAUUGUAACAAUUUUUUAAAAUACCAUUUCCAGUUGUUACUAACACCUUUCCUCCAGUCACAGCCUAGUCAACCAAGAAAAUUGCAAACUAUUCCAAAUGUAACCGUCCAUCACCUGAAAAGGGAGGCCUUGUCUGAGAAAGCUGCCAUCAGUGGGAUUGUGAUAAUACUAAGGGUCACUGUUUGCUCUUGGUUGGCUUGUUUUUUAUGUUGGACAGUUGAUUGUUUUCUGAGGCAACUGCAGCAGGUGGGGACACAACACAGAUCAUUCUUAGUUUAAAAAAUUAACUGUAGCCAAAGUGUGUGUACACAGUUCACUGCUAUAACAAAACAGCAAAUACUACCCAGAUGAGACCUGUCGUCAUGACCGCUUCUUUGUAUUGUAUCUAACUGCAAAAUCAGCCCAGGGCUGACUUGUCCAUUUUAAGAUGGUUAUAAGGAAUUUUCCCAAUUAUUUUUAUAUUCAAGUCUGAUCAGCCAUGUAUCUUAGCACAGUGAAUCAUCCAAAAAUGAAAAACAGUUUGCAAACAACGUUGGACAAUUUAAAAUUGUGUUUUGUAUUUUUUUGCAUCAGGGCUGUUAUACCGUCUUACAAAUCAAGAGACUUUCCAAACUCAUGGAAAUAUUGAACAGCUUUUGAAAUAGUCGAUAUGUAUUAAUAUAUAAAAAAUACACUGUUAUUUGGAGACAGUAGAGUGUUUUUAGCCAUUACUUCAUAUACUUCCCCUAUACUAAUAUCUUCCAUCACUCAUUCAUUGUCCAUAUUAACCUCUUUUGUGCUUAAUUAUAACAGCUACAUACAGCAAGUGUGCCUGUCCAGCAUUGGCAGACAUACAUGUUCCAGGAGCAGAGAGUUAAAAUGUCAUCUUUUAAUGUCUCAGUCCACUGCUGUGAAAGUGGUGUCAGUUCCAUGUCACCUUUUAGCUUAUCUUUUCAUAUAUUGGGUUGUCAUCUCAAGGAUCCUCUUGGUAUGUGAUGUUGUAACAAGCCAUUUGGAAAACACUCAAAUUCAUUAGUCCCCAGCUGCUUUUCACACUCUCUUUUUGCGACCUCUUGUUGCUCUUUUUAAAGAUUCCCUUGAAGUAUUAGAAGUACUUGUAGCACCUUAGAGACUAACCAAUUAAAUAAAUUGGUUUAUUUAAUAAAUAAGGUGCUACAAGUACUCCUUUUCUUUUUGCGAAUACAGACUAACACGGCUGUUCCUCUGAAACUUGAAGUAUUAGUUGAUUAUAGGAUUAAAAAUGUUAUAUCUUUUGAAAUGGGAAGUGGCUAAACAAAAUAUGCUGUGGGGUUGCCUGCUUUUAUCAAAUCAUAGGAACAAGAAGCUAGAGAAAAGGUACUUCGUUCCCAGAAGUGCAAUAAGUUACAGAAUGAGCUUCUUGGUACACUGCAUUUUAUUGCAAGUGAGAGGCUAAGUGUAAAAAAAGAAUGAAAUAUUCAUGACCAGAUUCUGGGACUAGUUUGGAAAACUGAUCAUGACCCAUAUUCAGGGGGGUUAUAUUUUCAGGCUAGAAAAAAAUCAUGAUUUAUGUAGAAAUGUUUAACAGCUAGUUAGUUUGCCCAGUCCUAUAAAUAAAAAUGCUGAUAUCCUUUAAAAUAGAGGAGAAAAAUUUUCAGCCAUUUAAUGGAGUAAAUUACUUGAUUAUCUUUUGGCUUUGGGUUUUCAAUGGCUGCUUUUUAAGUUAUUCUUUUCAAAAAUCAAAUGUGGAAAAAAAACUGUCAAAGUGCUAAUGUUACAAGACAGCCUGAGAUACAGUUAUGAAUUCUUUAGACCAGUAUGAAGCUUUCUCUAGAAGUGUUAUGAAGGCAGAAUUUUACAGUCCACUGUAACUGUCAUUCUGUAGUUGCAAACAGUUUUUCACCUAGAGAGCUGUAUGCUGUCAUAAAUUGUUUCCAACUUUUAAAUAAUCUAAGAUUAAUACAAAAAGAAAAAGAAAGGCCUUGGCUAAUGGACAGGUUCCAUUUCUACUCUGGCUACUCAUGCAGAAAUAUGCUGUGUAAUAUUGAUGCAACAUCCAUCAAAUUAUACUGCACGUAUCUGUGAAAUAUACAUGAAAAAUCUAGUAGGAGCUUUUCCAAUAUAUUCAUCGUUUUAGUGCAAUUUUAUGACAAAAAUUUUUUUUUUUCCUUCUUCUGGGGCUUAUUUUGUAACAAACUUCUAAUCUUUCCUCUGAUCUUAAGAUGGGUCACUUUUUUUGAGAUAUGAAGAAGCAGAGUUACAUAUGAAAGAAACUGUCUAUAAGAGAUCAUUUUAAAACCAAAUGCUUAUAAGAUGCUGAGUGCCUUCAACUACCAUUGGUUUGAAUGGGAAUUAAAAGCACUUGGCACCCUUCUAGAAUCAGGCCCAUGACUUCUUUUAAAAACUGAUGCCUUAUUUUUGGCAAAAGGUAGAAUUGAAAUUAAAACAUUUUUCAUUCAUUGUUUCCAAAAGGCUCUUAGCUACUCUCCCUGUAGCUGUUUACUCUGUAUUGACUAUUAAUCCAUGCUGGGUUUACCUUUGUGUCCAGGCUCUGAAAUCCUAGCUUUCCAGAUAGGUAUUGCAUUCACUUUACACCCAGCAGGUCAAGCCAAGACAGUACACCUUAAAAUUGGGUUUCAGAGUAGCAGCCGUGUUAGUCUGUAUUCGCAAAAAGAAAAGGAAUACUAGUGGCACCUUAGAGACUAACAAAAAUGUUCUUAAAAUUGGGGUGUUCUAAUUACCCUCUUCGCCAGCCCCACAUAUGAUUUUAAUAGCCACUGUAUCGAGAAUUCCAUGUAUGACAGUACCAUUUGAGAGUCGGGACCCUAGUUUGCAAUGAUAUAAAGGAUUAUCUCUAAUGUUAUUGAUUUGUAAGCCACUGGCUAUUAAAUGUUGGAACUGAAGCGAGAUAAAAGAGCAAGAGGGUAAUCAAGAUGACCAGCUUUGAGAUUAGAUGUUCCUUAUUAUUAAUAUAUUGAUCAUGUCUUUUCUUAUUUGUUGAAUUAACUUUGUAAAACCCUUAGUACUCUCUGGGAACACGUUAAUAUUUUCCUGCACUGUGCUUCACUUAAGUGAAGUUUGAUGCUGUAGGAGUUCCUGCUGUUGCUAACGUUCAUAGACUUUAAGGCCAGAAGGGACCCUCAUAAUCAUCUAGUCAGACCUGCACUGACAUAACUCUUCUUGAAAUAAGGAAAUCAAUUAUGUCUCAAUUUAGUUAUUCUAAGUGGACAAAGUAUUAGACUUUCUCUUUUCUAGAUCUUUAUAAUUUAAGUUCCUUGGAAAUAUAGGGAGGUUUUCAAAUAGCAAAAAUAACAUUAAAUUAAUACCUUUACUAUAUGGUCCAAUAUUUCACAGAUUGCUAGACUAGAAACAUAUUGUUGGAACAGGACAAAUGCUUUCAAGACCAAUACAUUUUUAUAUGCUCUGGCUUUGGACCAAUGAUGAUCAAGAGAAAAGAUUCCUGCAGAUAUAGUAUAUGUCCUUUAUGCUGUGAGAUGGUUUGUGCAUUAAUUGACUAUUCCAUUAUCAUUGUUGACUGGGGAGGAUUUUUGAGCCUGAUUAAAUGUAGGCAGUCUCUUCAUUUCAAGAUUAAAAACAAGAUGUUAUGUUAAUGUUCUUGCUCACAGUCUCUUUUGUAAUAAAAAGUCUUGUAUGAGCAGAUCAGUAAGAUGGAACUGCUUGGCUUGUCUGUCAGCCACUGAAAAUGCUCGUACAGGGUAGCAAAAGUGCAACCUGCAACUGCACAUAUCUUUAAUAUAGAGAUACAGGCUAAAAGUUCCAACAUGCAAGCUUCAUCUUAAUCCAAACUGCCUACUCACUUGCAUCAAGGAUGGAGCACUGUGUGUCAGAACCUGGUCUCCAUGGGUCAAACCUUUCUUAAAGAAGAAAACAAGUGCAACAUGCUCCAUUUUAUGACCAUUAGAUGCAAUCCUUUGGCUCAGGGAAGUGGCCAGUGCUGCCCUUGGUUGUAAAAUUUGAAGACCCUGUACUAUUAUAAAAGACACUGGAAGAGUGUGCAUGUCUAGGGGUGUCUAUUGAACUAUCCUCUUAAAUUGUGAACACUUGGUAGAAACUGUUUGUUUUUGGUUGAACAGCACCUAUCGUUUCGUUGGUGCUCCUGACAUUCAACCUCCAUGCCUCGUAUGUAUUGUAAAAAUAAUCUGUUAAUAAAUCUCUGUAAUCUCUGUGAAAAGUUGAAUUGGCAAAUAGCUCCAGUUAACCAGGUCUGACUAGGAGCUGGAUUCCAGGAACCAGUGCUACCACUUGAAAGAAACAGAAGUGGAACAACUGAGAAACUACACGGUAGAUUUUGGUUAACUGGAACUAAGAACUGUAAGGUCCUGACAGCUUUAACUGUUUUUCUGUUAAAGGAAAACCUUAGCUCAUAGCUUCUGUUAGCAGUUGUUUUUCUGAACCCCAAAUGUAAGUACUAGUGAAGUUUACAUAAAUGUUUUUAAUUUUAAAAUCAGAUUUAUACUUAAAGUC